AUGACUGAGCUCGUCCGUCCCGAGGGCGAGCCCGUCUCGCGAGAUGACACCACCGACCGCAGCAUCCUCACGCGCAUGCAGCGUUUCCGCACCAACCCUUUCACCUUCGCGCAUGAAAUAUCGCUUUUCGUCAGGGGCGUCGGAUGGCGAGCCUAUGACAAUCCGAUCGGACAGCCAGUGUUCUACCCGGGCUACACAGCCAAUGUCAAAGCCAAGGUGAUGGCAUCUCCUCUUUUGCGGCAAAAGAUCGUCGAGUUGACAGAGGAACGCUUGAAAGUUGAAGAGAAGGAAUAUCUUCUGGACACCACAAGCCCAACAUAUCUGCCCGAGAGGGAGAAGCGAAGGCAUGAAAUCACGUCGCAAUUGGUUGAGAUUACGGCCGACAUGUUGGAUAAAAUGGUCUGCAAAAUGGAAAGCAAGAUGUACAUUCGGGCAGCUUUCUAUGGCACCACGCAGUUGCUCACCAGGGCCUAUAGCGCGAUCCAUGUCUCUGAAGCUGAGGUUAGAAGACUACGGGAAGUUGCAACGUUGGCGGCCAAAAAGAAACAAUCCAUAAUAUUUCUACCGCGGCAUACGAGCCAUGUUGACUAUGUCACCCUUCACCUUGUGUGCUACCGCCUUGGCCUGACACUCCCUGUUGUUGUGGCUGGCGACAACCUCAAUUUCCCACUCGUUGGCAACUUCCUACAAAAUACUGGGGCGAUGUGGAUUAGGCGAAGUUUCGGGAAUGACCAGCUUUACACGACCCUCGUACAGUCCUAUCUGGAUACUCUGCUCCAGCAGGGACUCAACCUGGAAUGUUUCAUUGAAGGUGGUCGAAGUCGCACGGGAAAGUUAUUGGGACCUAAGUUUGGCUUCCUCAGAUUUCUUCUCGACUCGGUGCUCUCGGGCCGGACGGAAGACGCAUAUGUUUGCCCGGUGUCCUUGCAAUACGACAAAGUGAUUGAGGUCGACUCAUAUGUCAAUGAACUCCUGGGAACUCCGAAGCAGAAGGAGAAUCUUGCCGACUUCAUCUCGGCGUCCUCCGUCCUGUCACUGAACCUUGGUCGAAUCGACUGCAGAUUCCAUGAACCCUGGAGCUUGAAAGAGUUCAUCAAGGAACAGCAAGCACGUCAAACCCCAACCACUCUCGGCGAAACUGCCUCUUCAAGUUCAAAUAACAGAGUUCGGUUGCUGCGAACCCUUGGAUAUCGAGUCCUCUCCGAUAUUAAUGCAGCUUCAGUCAUUAUGCCGACGGCACUCGUUGGGACUGUGCUCUUGACAAUACGUGGCCGUGGGGUGGGUAAAUCUGAGCUGGUUCGUCGAGUUGACUGGCUUUGCCGACGUAUAAGGGCAAAUGGGGGCAAAGUGGCGGAUUUUAGAGGAAUGCCCACCUCAUAUGUCGUCGAGCGGGCUCUAGAUGUCCUUGGGCCGAAGCUCGUUGGCACUGUCGACGGUCUUGCAGAAGAGACUUAUUACGCCGUUGAUCGUUUCCAACUGUCGUUCUACAGGAACAUGACUAUCCAUCUAUUCAUCUCGGAAGCGCUGAUAGCGACCGCAAUGUAUACCAAGGUCAAACAGGGUGGAGGAAGCGCAAAUCAGCGGAUGGCCGAAGCUGAGUUGGUCGACAAAGUUACCUUCCUCUCCCAGCUGUUCAGGGGCGAAUUCAUCUUCUCAGCUGGUCAAGGCUUGCGACACAACCUCGAACAGGCCAUGCAAGGGUUAGUGCGGGAUGAUGUCCUCAAAGUUACGGAAGACCCGGAAAGAAUGGUCGGUCUAUCUGAUGCUGAGCGAAAGUCAGGCAGAGAGAAUUACGACUUAUACUGUUUCCUCAUCUGGCCAUUUGUGGAUGCUGCCUGGCUCGGAGCUGUCUCCUUACUGGCAUUGGUACCUCCGGCCUCCCCUGCUGGUUGGAUCGAUAUGCAGAAGGCUCAGAACAUGGCUCAGCUUGCUGGUCGCACUCUGUACCACCAAGGGGACCUGUCUUACUUUGAAGCAGUCAACAAAGAAGCCCUCAAAAACGCCUACAGUCGGUUCCAAGAAGAAGGAAUCAUAGAUGUCGCAAAGGGUACGGAUUCGAAGCCUAAAACCACAGUGCGACUUGCUCCUGAAUGGACGCCCGAAAGAGACCCGAGUACGGGCGAACUGAGUCCAUCUGGCCGCCUCUGGGAUUUUAUCGAGAAGAUCGCACAAUACCGUCGGGAAGGAAAGAAUAGGCGCGACGGCGCAGCUGUCUCCAAGCGUGUGCUUUCGCUGGCCGCGAGGCUUAAUGAACAGAUAUUUGCAGACGAGGCGACGCCCAUACCGAGCGCCGAUCAGACUACCGUCAAGGAACGCAGGAGGCCUUCCAAACUAUGA